AUGGUCUCCCAACCACCCACCGAAGCAAAGAAUGAGCCCUUCAACAAAGAUGAAGUAACCACCAUGAUCAAAGAGACGGUGGAAUCUGUUAUCCAAGACGCUGAAUACUCGCACAGCAAAGUACCUCAGUGGAACUCGAGUAUCAUUGAUGCUUGUCUUGCCAAACUCAAGGAGGUCAACAAGAGCUACAAGUAUGUCGUUACUUGCGUGGUGAUGCAAAGGAACGGUGCUGGUUUUUAUGCUGGCAGUUCGGUGUAUUGGGACAACGCACGCGAUGGAAGUGCUGCAUAUCGUUAUGAGAACAAGUCGUUGUAUGCACUCGUCAAUGUCUUUGCUUUGAGCGUAUGA